AUGAGUAAUCUUAAGAAACAUCUACGCAUCCACAGUGGAGAAAAACCAUAUGGCUGUGAAAAGUGUGGGAAGACUUUCACUGAGAUGAGGAGCCUUAAGGCACACCUGCGCAUCCACAGUGGAGAAAGCCCAUAUGACUGUAAACAAUGUGGGAAAACUUUCACCCACAUGCAUCACUUUAAGACACACCUACGCAUCCACAGUGGACAAAGACCAUAUCACUGUGAACAGUGUGGGAAAACUUUCACCCAGAUGAGUAACCUUCAGACACACCUACGCGUCCACAGUGGAGAAAGACCAUAUUACUGUGAACAGUGUGGGAAGACUUUCACCCAGAUGAGUAACCUUAAGACACACCUACGCCACAUCCACAGUGGAGAAAGACCAUAUCACUGUGAACAGUGUGAGAAGACUUUCACCCAUGUGAAUUUAUUUAAGGCACACGUACGCAUCCACAGUGGAGAAAGACCAUAUCACUGUUGUCAGUGUGGGAAAAAUUACACCCAAAUGAAUGGGCUUAAGGCACACCUACGCAUCCACAGAAGAGAAACACAGCGAAACAGUUUGAGUGUUACCAAUGUGAACAAAGAUUCUUGCCACACUCUGCUCUCUCCUACCAUCAACACAGAUGUGAAUCAUCGUCUGGACCAAACAGUACCUCAGCAUCAGAUGACAACAAGAAAUGCAGUGUCUGAACCAGCAGCACCGACUUCUUCUGACAAGAGCAUCAAACUUAAAAACCUCCAGAUCUGGCUCCAUAGAGUCCAGAUGUAAGGCACAUUUAUGCACCCACAGAGGAGAAAUACCAUAACACUGUGACAAGUGUGGGAAGGCUUUCAGAGCCUCGUCUGCAUGAUGUUCUCACUGUCACAUUCACCACAAGAAGGUGAUGUACCCAUGUGAUAAGUGCACCAAGAUCCUCUGGUCGUCCAACUUUUACAAAUGUCACCAACAGACUCAUACUGGACAGAAACCUUACCAGUGCAGAAUUUGUGACAGGUCUUUUAUCACAGGUUGACAAUGUACCAAAGAAGAAUGUGGCAAAACUUUCCACAAAGGACACAAACUGAACAUACUGCUACUUAUUGACUUUGUGGACAUUUAAUCAGUCACUUGUUGUGAUUCUGUUGCUGGUUGGGGUUCUCACCUGUUCAUUGUUCACAAAUGAAACCAGCUGCUCCUGUCACAAUUUUCCACAAUCGUUCUGUGCAGUUUAGGUUCAAGAAAGGCAACACCGCCACAGUUAUAAAAUGGCAGAAAGCAAAGUACUGCAGACCGCCUUUCUUUUUUCCAAAUGUUACUUUUUAUUAUGUGUAUCCAACAUACUGUGGUGACAUUUUUAUACUACUUUUUCCAAAAUUAAAUUUUUAUUGCAUGUAAAGUUUGGGACUUGGAGAUUUUAGGCAUUUGAUCCGUUACCAUGACAGUGAUUUUUUUUGUUU